UUAACUAGUAAACAUUCUGAGCCUCACUAGUUAACUAGUAAGGUCGAAAAGAUCCCAACUAGUUAACGAGUGGAUAUAUCAUGCCUUACUAGUUAACUAGUGACCAAUUUUAAACCUGACAAGUUAACGAUUAAGAGCAGAAAAACCUUACCUAGUGAAACCACUGCACAUUUGGCCCUUACUAGUUAACAUGUAAACUGCAACAUGUGACAAUAGUGUCUCUAGUGCAACACAAAGAUCAACAUGUUCACUAGUGGACUGCAUGCAAAUUAGGCAGGCGGGACAAGAAUUUUGAUUGGUCAGUAUUCAGAUUGCAUGAUGUGAAGCUUUAACCCUUACGAACCUGGACACAUUAUUCUCACACAGAGAGGGGCUGUUUGUUUUAUAACAUUUUAUUUGUUUAACCUUACAAAAAUUUAUACUUACGCAUGUUUAACGUUAUAAACAUUUUUUAGGCAAGUGAAAUGUUAUAAACAUUUUUAUUUGUGCAUGUUGUAAGUAUAUUUGGAGUGAAAUCAUCCUUUAAAGCCGUAAGUUCUGCAUUUAAACUGUAACUUGUGUACUUUUGUGAUCAUAUUAUAUGAUCCACAAUAUAUGAUUCAUAUAUUGUGGUAACUUUAAAAUUGCUUAAAUGUGCGACCGGAAGUGUGCAGCCCGUUCGGUGCAGCCCUCUCGGCGCAGCCUCCGGCUCUGGCUCAGCCUUGCUGUGCAGAUAUAUUCUUCAGUUAAUGGCUGGGUCUGGUGGUGACAUGAGCGGGGCUUCACCUGAAACUGCCACAGACAGUCGUUUUAAUGAAGCCCUUAAUCGUGUCUGGAAUGCCCUUGAUGUUGCUCGACGGGAACUUGGAGCGCAGAUGGACGAAAAUAACUUAUUGAGAGCCAUAAGAAACACAUUUCGGAGACGAAGAAGGGCGCGCCCGAUGACAGGUAACUUUUAGCGGGCCUUUUUGAAUGAGCGUUUGGGUCAGCUAGUAUCAUCAUUGUCGUCUUCACUGUGGCAUAUUCACAUUAGCAUAUGCAGUCGUUGUGACGGUAUCUGGAUAUUAAUUUUGAGAUCCGAAUACUCGAAGUGCCAAGUGAAAGAUGGAGUGGUAUUUGGCGGACUCCAGGAACUUCCAGCCUGGCCCUUCGAUUAAGCUAGUUCAGAUCCAGUGCCUGAUUUAGUUCUUGUCAGUUCUUUGUGUUUCUACCAACUAAGCACCAGCUUCAAGCUCCAAAAUUGGAAGAAAUAAAACUGUGACCGUUAUCCUAAACUGGCAUUAGCAGCCAAAUCCUGCCUUUGCGUUCUGGCUACCUCCACCAUGGAGCACAUUUUCUUGAAGGCUGACCACAUUGUGAACAAAUCCAGGAGUUCAUUCUUGCCCAAAAAUGUAGAUAAACUCAUAUUCCUGGCACAUAACAUGAAAAGAGUGUAGGUAGGCUACACAAAAGUCCAUUCUUGUAGAUAUAUGCUACUGUUUCGCACUACCUCUCUAUUUAAUAUCUAGAUUAAUAUUGUUAAUAUAAUAAAAUUCAUUAGGUCAGUUGUUCAUAUUCAAAAUUUGUAUUUGAUUUGUAUUUGAGUUUGUUUAAUUGCCCUUUACUGUGUUAAAAUAAUGAAACGGAUAAUAUAAAUAAAUGAACAAUAUUCCGUCAUUACAUUCUUUCUGAAGCAGCCCUGUUAGUUGCUAAUAUAGACUGACACUGUCAAUCAGUAUUAUGUUAACAUUUAAAUAUGAGUGUUGUAGGAUCUGCCAUUGAUUUAGUACUGUGUAACUGAGUGUAAGUAUAUGGUAGUGUGAAAGGGAAAAUGAAAACUGUUGGCCCAAAUGUUGUCAACAUAAUAGUAUUGAGAUUAAAAUUUGCUGAAGGUGCUACUUACAGUCACAUAUCAAUAAUACAUUCUGUUUUGUCCAGAAACACAGGCACCUGCGAAUAGGACAAGUGGAAUGUGGCGAGUAAAGCUCUUCCUGUUGCCAAAUGCUGAGCAACUUGUCCUUCCACCUCAUUCAGAAUGCUGUAAACUAUCUAGAAUAGGUUUAGGGAUCCCAAGUCAUGAUGUGCCAGGGGCAGACUCCCCUAAAUGUUAUGUACAACUUUCAUGGACACUUCCAGAGUUUAAUAAUUACAUCUGACAGAGCUUCCCCUCAGUUAGCCUAAAUGUAAUUGGAUUUUACCUUGCAAGAGCUGAUAAGUCCAGGAUUCUGACUAAAAUUCAGGCAAAUACGCUGAAGGAGCUCAAGACAGCAGUUGGCAGAAGCAGAAUAUAUAUUGUUCCCCAGACCAAUAUUACACUGCCAUUAGAGAUCACUGACUCUGAAGGGACUCCAACCCUGCCAGAGACAUCCCUAACAGCUGGACGUGGGACAGUUUCCCAGUCGUCUAUUUCUUCAUCGUCCACAACACUGAUGGAUUCACCCACUGCUAGCUCAACAGCCACCAGACCUGCAGUCUCACCCACUGCUCCAUCCCAAUCCCCUGCAUUGUCAGCUAUGACAUCUCUGGGCUCACCUGCAGUCCCUCAGGUCAUGCCGUCUUCUCCUACAGUACCUGUGGACAUGCCAUUUGUCACAUCUAACAGCAAUUGUGAUGCAAGUUCUCAGUCUUUGCCUCGUAAUGCCAUUGCUCUGUCUUCAUCGAUGGAUAAUGAUGGGUACUCACCAAGGACAGACUUGAGUCCUUUACUUGAGUCAAGUUUGGAUUCUGCACAGUGGCUGAAUGCUGGGACCCCAGAGGUCUUUUACAGAAGACCACAUUUGGAACCAAUAAACAGGACUCCUGUCAAUGACUUUCUCAUUGAUGAUUCUGAAGAGGAUAAGGAAGGCGACGACAUCAUUGCAGUUCCUUUUGAAAAUGACAGUCCUCCAUCAGAAGAAAUGGAUCUUGUGUCUAUUUUGAGGACUUUUCAAGAGGAUCACCUCUCUGGCAAUCUGGUAUCCACCAUUUGUAUCAAAAGGAGUAAGCUUCCGGAGAGUGCCAUUAAAGCACUCUCCAGAGUGACUUUCUGUUGGACCCAUUCACCACACAUUGAGUUUGUAGGAGAAGAUGCAGAUGAUAUGGGGGGACCACAGCGUGAGUUUUUCAGACUCUUGAUGAUAGAGGUACAGACCUCUCUCGGCAUUUUCGAGGGAAAGACUGGCCAGGUCUUUCUUAGUUAUGACCAAACAGCUUUAGAGCACCACAAAUAUUUCAUAGGGGGCAACCUUAUUGCUUGGUCAGUUGCGCAUGCGGGUCCAUGCAUCAAGGCCUUGGAUCCCUGCCUCUUCCAGUUAAUGUGCGGCCAGGAGCCACCACUGGAGCAGUUUGACUGGCAUGUGCUGCCUGAUCCAGAUGUGCAAAGCAAAGUCAAGAGGAUUCAACAGUGCAAGACAACUGAGGACCUGACAACACUCCAGCAAGACUUGGGGGACUGGAUUUCUGAGUGUGGUAUCCCAGGAAUAUUUAGUGCCACAGCAAAAGACAUACCAAAAAUCUAUGCAUAUGUGGUAAAGCAUUACAUCUUUCUCAGAACAGCCAAGAUGAUACACCAGUUCACAGAGGGAAUGAACGCAUUCGGGAAGCUGUGGAACCUGGUCAAGAAAAACUGGAUUGCUUUCUUGCCUUUGUUCACCAACAUGCAGGAACCUCUGUCAAAGGAAGUCUUCAAAGCCAUCCUCACUUACAAUUACAGUAGCAGAGGAACAAACCAUCGCAAGGCAGAGGAGGACACCAUCUACAGUUGGGAAAUGGUUCUGAACAUGAUUGAAGACAAAAUGACUGACAUGAGAUUCGAAGACCUUCUGGUUUUCAUUACUGGAGCAGAUGAAGUUCCUGCCCUGGGCUUUCGGAGCAAACUCUGCAUCGACUUCUAUGAACAGGCUGAGGGCAUGCGUCGUUUGCCCUACGCAUCAACCUGCAUGAUGUGCUUGUACCUGCCAAGAGGUGUUACACAGGAGGAGGAACUGCAUCAGAUGUUUUCCCAGGCACUUGGAGACUCGUUGGGAUUUGGAAAGGUGUAG